GUCCACUCCUGCUGCAGUUCUUACAAUAGAAGAAUUUUGAAUUUUCAUCUCCUUCUUAAAUGACCUCUCACUUCUUGCUUGAACUGGAAAUAAAAAAGCCUGAUGAAGAACAAAAAGGAAGUAGAGGAGAUGCCAGGAGUCACAGUAAAUCGUUAUGCCGAAGAGGCUCCAUCCACUGGGAGGUCUAAGAAUGGAUAUGUUUUCCAGGAGUUGGAGCUGAAGGAUGGAGAGAAGGAAGAUUCAGAUCAGGACUCACCAACCAUCAUUACAGACAACAUUUAUGAAAAUGACAUCCAUCUCAGUGUUUCAGAUGCUGAAGGUCCUGGAUAUGGACUUUUAAACACAACAAGAAAAUAUGUAAAACCCAUGAACUUCCAAGAGGAAGUGCGUGCACACAGAGAUCUAGACAGCUUCCUUUCUCAGGCGAGCAUCCUUCUGGACGAAAAAGCUGCCACUCUGGAUGAGGCUUUGAGACGAAUGAUUGCUCACAUGGUGGAGGACGGCCAUGGCAACUGUAAUGUAGAAGAGGUGAUGAACUCGCUGUUCACAGAUGCAGGAGGCAGAGAUAUUAAUGUUCACCUUCUGUCGGAGACUAUUCAGGGUGUGACUGCUACUUCAACCGGUAUUCAUUAUCAGCAGUCUUGGCUUUGUAUUCUCUCCAAUGUGAGAAACCUGCAGAGGCGUCAUGUUUGCAUUACCCGUCUGGAGAUUCCACAAAAUUGGGGAGUCAACUGCUGCGAGGCCCGUUUUGUUAUCCUGAUCCUCGCACCGCCCAGAACGAAAAGCACCAAGACAGCUGUUGAACUGGGUAGGACAUUUGCCACAAUGUUCUCUGACAUUGGCUUCAGGCAAAAGCUUCUAGAGACCAAAACUCAGGAGGAGUUCAAACAGGAGCUGGUCUCCCAGCGACACCGGCUCUCUGUAGCCAGUGAGAAGACAGUCGUAGAGGAAGUGGAGGACUCAGACCCACAAAGAGGAAAAGCACUCCAGUGCAGAGAUUUCUUCAGAGCCGGUAGAGGUGUUUAUGAUGACCUUCGUCGGAGACUGCCUCUUUAUCCUUCAGACUUCACAGACGGUUUAACAGGGAAGGAUCGCUGUUUACUUAAAUAUACCACCACGGCUAUCUUCCUCUACAUUGCCAUUCUCCUGCCUGCAAUUGCUUUUGGUUCUCUGAAUGAUGAAAGCACAAGAGGGGAAAUAGAUGUUCAGAAGACCAUUGUUGGCCAAAGCAUUGGAGGAGUGAUCUACUCUCUGUUUGCUGGUUCCCCUCUGGUCAUUCCUCUGACCACUGCACCACUGGCCAUUUUCAUCAGCGUUAUCAGGGGUAUCUGUGAUGACUACGACCUCGACUUUGAUGCUUUCUAUGCCUGCAUCGGUUUAUGGAACAGCUUCUUCCUUAUCCUCGGGGGCUUAUUCAAUGUCAGCCUGAUGAUGAAACUCUUCAAACGCUCAACAGAAGAGGUUAUUGCAUUGUUCAUCUCCAUAGCUUUUGUUGGGGAUGCAGUGAAAGGCACUGUCAAAAUUUUUGAACACUUCUACUACGGGUCAACGUUGGCAACCACAAACAAAACUGUGGUGCUUCAGCAGAUAAAUGAGAUACUAGAUGGGACUGAGAACCAAACAACCACCAAGCUGGAGCAUAAAACUGGGGCGAACAUGUCACUGUUUGAACAUCCAGAAGAGAAAAUGUUAGUCUUCCUGCCGGAGACACUGGUGGAAUGCACAAGAGAAAGGCCCAUUCUCUGUCUGCUGCUCAUGUUGGGGACUUUGUGGCUGGGUUACGCACUCUACCUCAUCAAGAGGAGCCUGUACCUGAAUGGUAAAAUCAGAGAGGUGAUGUCUGACUGUGCCUUGCCUAUCUCUGUGGUGACAUUCUCCUUCAUUGGCUCCUAUCUUUUCAUUGACAUACAGCUUCCUGUAUUCAGUGUCCAUGAUGGUCCGAUCUUCAAGUACCCUGCAUUUGAAAAGCUGUCAGGACUGACUCCACUAGCCGCGGUCGGACUUGGUUUCCUGCUUGCACUGCUAAUCUUUAUCGACCAGAACAUCGUCAUCUCACUUACACAUGUACCAGAACAUAAGUUGUUAAAAGGCACAGCGUUCCACUGGGACUUAAUGCUGACUGGCUUCAUCAACAUCCUCAUGUCCUGUCUGGGGUUGCCAUGGAUGCACGCUGCCUUUCCUCAUUCCUCCCUACACGCCCGUCAGCUUGCCAAAGUAGAACAGCACGUAGAGGACGGACAUGUCUACACAACGAUUGUUAGUGUCAAAGAGACGCGUCUAACCUCACUAGCAGCGAACAUCCUGAUUGGCCUGUCUGCAUUCAUGCUACCUAUCCCUCUUCAGUGGAUCCCCAAACCCGUCCUCUACGGCCUCUUCCUUUACAUUGCAGCCACCUCACUCGAUGGAAAUCAGAUGGUAGAUCGCAUGACCUUGUUGCUAAAGGAGCAGACGUCUUACCCUCCAACCCACUACAUACGCCGUGUACCUCAGAGAAAAGUGCACUACUUCACAGCAGUGCAGAUGAUCCAGCUGAUCAUCUUGUGUGCAUUUGGGAUGUAUCCUCUGCCCUACAUGAAGAUGGUGUUUCCUCUGCUGAUGAUCCUACUGGUCCCUAUUAGGAUCAGCUUGCUUCCUCGAAUGAUUGAUGCCAAGUAUCUGGACAUCAUGGAUUCCCAGUACAUGUAGGACAGUUGGUCAAACUUGCGAAAAGAUGGAAGACAGAAGGGAACAGACUGACAAGUUAAUUAAGGUUUUAGUCACCAAUGUACCUACAAGAUUUUGCCUGAAGCACCUAAUAGUGACAGACUUUGUUUCCAUAAACUUCACUGUAACUAUAACUUGCAUCAAUCUGAAGUAUUUCUGCAGUUUAGUGGCACUCUCAUAGGUAGAAAAAAACACAUACACAGAUAAACAUAUGUGUUUGUCACUUUUGAACGAAAUACAAUUUUUUAUUGUUUUAUUCAGAUAUUAUAUUUUUUAAAUGAGGGUCACUUCUGUUUUAACACAUGCUGAUGAGGUGACUUCACUACAAGCAAUUUGGCCAAACAAAACAUCUUAACACUUAAAAAUUAUCACCUCUCGUAAGCAGAUUUCAUUUAGUUAUGAAGCUUUUAUUCUGAUGAGUCACAUGACGUACUAUACGCUGUCAUGGCUGUGACAAAUUGUUUUUUUAUUUAAAUAUUAUAGGGUCGAAUGAAAAAACUGUUAACCAAACUGGUUUAAUACAAUUUACCACAGUAAAUUUAUAUUUUUCAAAGAGAAAUAUGCACAGACAUUUUUUUU